AUGCUGCAAAACCUCGCAAAUUUUUUCUUCGGGGCUGAGAAGAAGGGCGAAGAUGCGAGCACCUUGACACUGCAGACUUACAAUGAAGAUGAAUGGAUCGUCGUCGAAAAGAACGAAUUGGAAACAAAAAACGAGCGGAGGUGCGGAUUAACUGGAGAAGAAUGUGGAUCCGCUGGAGAAUGCGACGAAGUAUCAGUCAAAGAAGCAAGUAGGAACGGAGUGAAAGCCAUGGAGACCAAGGAAAAUGUUCUAGCAGCUGACCGUUCGGACACUAAACAGCAAACUCCUGCGACCUUACAGUCUGAUGAUGGUCCCAAAACCUCCUCUCACCGGCAGCAGAACGCUGUCCGUGUACCCAGCAGACUGCUCUGUGACGUUGGAAAAGACGUGAAAAGCUUAAAAGUGAAGAACAUGAACGGAGAUGUCGGAGUGAACAAGAAGAAAAGUUUGAACAGAAUGAACAAGAACUCGAAAGUCUUCUCGAAACAAAACCCGGAACGAAAGUACAACAUCACCUUGAGGUACAGUUCUAAAAGUGAACGCACCUGUUGA